UGCGCGCGCCUGCGAAGUGAGGACCAGCGGAUUUUACCAUCUGACAUCCGGGAUAUCUUGAGAUUGAAAGGCAAGAAAAAUCCAAGAUGGAGGAGAUUGGAGUAAUCGUUCACAACCAGGAAGAAAAGCAUACCAGCAGUAGACCAGUUACUGCAAAUUCACUGUGCAACCCAGUAGACCCAGAGACAGAUGAUCUCUACAUAACGUACAAGAGACUCCAGAAACAGUUAGAAUUCUUAGAAGUCCAAGAGGAAUACAUCAAAGAUGAACAGAAGAAUCUUAAGAAAGAGCUGUUACAUGCACAGGAAGAAGUCAAGCGUAUACAGUCAGUGCCGUUGGUUAUUGGACAGUUCUUGGAAGCUGUAGAUCAAACUACAGGAAUAGUCGGCUCUACCACUGGCUCAAAUUAUUAUGUUCGUAUCCUGUCGACCAUCGAUAAAGAGCUGUUAAAACCCAGUGCAUCAGUAGCAUUACAUAAGCACUCCAAUGCACUUGUUGAUGUACUCCCCCCUGAAGCAGACAGCAGCAUAGCUAUGUUAACUAAUGAAGAAAAACCUAACGUGCCAUACUCUGAUAUUGGCGGCAUGGAUAUCCAGAAGCAAGAAAUCAGAGAAGCUGUAGAACUCCCUUUGACGCACUUUGAGCUCUAUAAACAAAUUGGUAUUGAUCCUCCAAGAGGUGUACUACUUUAUGGUCCCCCUGGAUGUGGCAAGACAAUGUUAGCUAAAGCCGUAGCGCACCAUACUACAGCAUCUUUUAUCCGUGUCGUUGGUUCAGAGUUUGUUCAGAAAUACCUUGGGGAAGGACCCAGAAUGGUCCGAGAUGUAUUCAGGUUGGCCAAAGAAAAUGCUCCUGCAAUUAUAUUUAUUGAUGAGAUUGAUGCUAUAGCUACCAAACGAUUUGAUGCUCAAACUGGAGCUGACAGAGAAGUACAGAGAAUCCUACUAGAAUUGCUCAAUCAAAUGGAUGGCUUUGAUCAGACUGUUAAUGUCAAGGUUAUUAUGGCAACCAACAGACAUGAUACCUUAGAUCCUGCCUUACUACGUCCUGGUCGUCUGGACAGAAAGAUAGAGUUCCCAUUGCCAGACAGACGGCAAAAGAGAUUGAUAUUCUCAACCAUCACGAAUAAAAUGAACUUAUCAGAAGAAGUAGAUCUAGAGGACUAUGUUGCAAGACCUGAUCGCAUUAGUGGUGCUGAUAUUAAUGCCAUAUGUCAAGAGGCUGGUAUGCAAGCAGUGAGGGAAAACAGAUAUAUUAUCCUAGCCAAGGACUUUGAGAAAGGUUACAAGAAUAACGUGAAAAAAGACGAACAAGAACAUGAGUUUUACAAAUAGAUAUCACCUCUUUGUACUCGCAUGCACUGGAUAAUUUGUGAAUAAAGUAACAUGUAUUGUA